GAGACAGGGGAACCACAGGCGCGGGCGGUCCCGCUCUCCUCCUGUCACCCCCCGACCCCCACCCUCCCUCGACACCCCUUUGGUUGGUGACACCCCGACCUCCUGUCCCCCCAGGACCAGCGAGGGGUCCAUGCGAGCCCGAGGGCUGAAGGUGCCUCUUCUCUUCCCCGAGGUGACAUGGAGCAGCUGAAGUGACCCGAGGACCCAUCUCAGCUGUGCCCAGGAUGGGCUGCGUGCCCUGCAAAGAGAAAGAGUCAGGCAAAGGGCAGGUGGGGGGUGAGGGAGGGGCUUCCCCGCCCCCCGCCUCCCAGUACGACCCCGACCCCACGCAGCCGGGCUCCGCCUUCACCCGCAUCCCCGACUUCAACAACUUCCACGGCACGGGGGUGCCCAGCGCUCCCACCUUCGGGGGGCUGGGGGGCUUCACCCCCAACACGCUGCGGAAGAGGAGUGGGGGCAUCACAGGUGGGGGGGUGACACUCUUCAUUGCCCUGUACGACUACGAGGCCAGGACAGAGGAUGACCUGACCUUCCAGAAAGGGGAGAAAUUCCAUAUCAUCAACAACACGGAGGGGGACUGGUGGGAAGCCAGGUCACUGAGCUCAGGUGCCACCGGCUACAUCCCCAGCAACUACGUGGCCCCCGUGGACUCCAUCCAGGCAGAAGAGUGGUAUUUUGGGAAGAUUGGGCGCAAGGAUGCAGAGAGGCAGCUCCUGUGCCACGGGAACUGCCGGGGAACCUUCCUCAUCCGGGAGAGCGAAACCACCAAAGGUGCCUAUUCCCUCUCCAUCCGGGACUGGGAUGAGGCCAAGGGUGACCACGUGAAGCACUAUAAGAUUCGGAAACUGGACAUCGGGGGGUACUACAUCACCACCCGGGCCCAGUUCGACACCGUCCAGCAGCUGGUCCAGCACUACAUUGAGCGGGCGGCCGGGCUGUGCUGCCGCCUGGCAGUGCCAUGUCCCAAGGGGACACCCAAGCUGGCUGACCUCUCAGUCAAAACCAAAGACGUGUGGGAGAUCCCCCGAGAGUCCCUCCAGCUCCUCAAGAAGCUGGGAAACGGGCAGUUUGGGGAAGUCUGGAUGGGCACAUGGAAUGGCACCACCAAGGUGGCUGUGAAGACGCUGAAGCCGGGCACCAUGUCACCCGAGGCCUUCCUGGAGGAGGCUCAGAUCAUGAAGCGGCUGCGGCACGACAAGCUGGUGCAGCUCUACGCCGUGGUGUCGGAGGAGCCCAUCUACAUUGUCACGGAGUUCAUGAGCCAGGGCAGCUUGCUGGAUUUCCUGAAGGAUGGAGAUGGUCGCUACCUGAAGCUGCCCCAGCUGGUGGACAUGGCUGCCCAGAUCGCAGCAGGCAUGGCCUACAUUGAGAGGAUGAACUACAUCCACCGGGACCUGCGGGCUGCCAACAUCCUGGUGGGGGAAAACCUCGUCUGCAAGAUCGCUGACUUCGGCCUCGCUCGCCUCAUCGAGGACAACGAGUACACAGCCAGGCAGGGUGCCAAGUUCCCCAUCAAGUGGACAGCGCCGGAGGCCGCACUCUUUGGGAAGUUCACCAUCAAGUCAGAUGUCUGGUCCUUUGGCAUCCUCCUGACCGAGCUGGUGACCAAAGGCCGGGUGCCCUACCCAGGGAUGAACAAUCGGGAGGUGCUGGAGCAGGUGGAGCGGGGGUACCGCAUGCAGUGCCCGGGGAGCUGCCCCCCCUCCCUGCACGAGGUGAUGGUGCAGUGCUGGAAACGGGAGCCCGAGGAGCGUCCCACCUUCGAGUACCUCCAGUCCUUCCUCGAGGAUUAUUUCACUGCCACCGAGCCCCAGUACCAGCCAGGGGACAACCAGUGACCCGCCACUGGCACCUCCCCCAGACAGGUUCUGGGGUGGCUUUUGGGGCAAAGCUCCUCCCUUUUUGCAAGGGGGGUGUUGCUCCCUUUGCCCUCUCCCCCCCCACACACAGAAAAACCCACAACCAAACCACCACCUAUCAGGAGGUGCUUGAGGUGCCCCACGGAAGCCAGAGGGCUUUGCACAAGGAUUUUGGACUCAGAGGGGGGGGCAAAGCUGUGCCCCCCACCCCAGCUCCCUUUACCCUCCCUUGAUUGUCCCCUCUCUUGUUGCCUUCACACCCAGAAAUGCUUUGAUUGGAGGGGGGAGGGAUGUCCCACCAUGCCCCUCCCCAGACACCCCUCACCCCACAGCAGAGGUCUCAAGGGGGGGGCCCUCCCCAUGCCAAUUUCCUGUCCUUCAGCUCAGCUCUGCAUAUUUGGGGGGGGCUUCAGCCCUCCAAAUCCUGGCACUGCCGUGGGGAAGGUCACCUCAUCCCCCCCCCCUUCCUCUUUAAUUUAAUUUAUAAGGUUUAAUAUCCCUCUCCCCCGGCAGCCAUCUCACACCCAGGGUGUAUUUUGGGGGGGUUGCCUUGACAUUCCCCCCCCCCUUUAUCUCCUCUCCUUAUUGUAGCACCAAAUCCUGAAAGCCAUAAACCUCUG